UACCUUUUUUUUUUGUGCAAAAUAACUUUCCUCCAUAACCCGCCAACGAAAGAAAAUAGGGAAUGGACCAAACAUGAUUUCUCAUGUCUGUGCAAAAUCUGUAAUCUCUGUGAAGCCGAAUUACAAGCCGGUGGGUUCUGAAAUCCAACACAUGCAUAUUCACGGAUUGCGCUUCUGUCAACUAGUCACGGAUUGUUUAUUGAAGUUUGCACACCGCCAACAACAAUCCAAACUCUGCAUUUUAUUUUCACUUGGAAUCUCCACAGCUCUCAUGUUUUUUACCACAGCUUGUUGUUCUUCUUCCACGUUUAAAUAUAGUCCUUGUUUUCCCUUCCAUUUGUCACACACUAAACUCACGGAUUGCUCGUAAAAUUCAGCUAUAUAUAAUCCUCUGGAUCGUCAAACCCAUCAAAACCCAGAAGUAAAGUAUAACUAGUAGCUAGUGAUCUUGUAAAAUCAUGGGUUCCAAGGUCACUGCCAUGUUCUUCAUCUUUUUGAUUUGCAUGGUUUUGGCAUUGCCUCCAAUUCAAGCUUGUACACCUUGUACUCAGCCACACCCGUCAAAACCACACCCUCCACAUCAUCCAUCACAUCCACCACAACCACCUUCCCACACUCCAACCCAUCCCAAAAACCCACCAACCCCAAAACAACCACCACACCAUAAACCGCACCCAAAACCCCCAUCCAAGAACCCACCCGUUAUAUCCCCCCCCAUAGUAAAACCUCCACCGCACCCAAAACCCCCAUCCAAGAACCCACCCAUUAUAUCCCCGCCCAUAGUAAAACCUCCUGUCACUAACCCUCCUGUGACAAUCCCACCCCCUUCCACUCCCUACCCGCCUUACCCCGGCAGCCCUCCUAGUGGUGGAGGAGGCGGAGGGGGCGGAGGAGGAGGAGGAGGCGGAGGAGGCGGAGGCGGUGGUUGUGGUGGAUGUGGUGGUGGUGGAGGAGGUGGAGGUGGAAGUGUUCCGGGUCCAAACCCUCCUCCGCCCACGUCACCAACAUGUCCAAUUGAUGCGCUUAAGUUGGGGCUUUGUGUGGACGUGCUUGGUGGUUUGGUGCAUAUUGGGCUUGGGAACCCAGUUGAGAAUGCUUGCUGCCCAAUUCUUGGAGGGUUGCUUGAGCUUGAAGCAGCUAUUUGUCUUUGCACUACCAUAAAGCUUAAGCUUCUUAACCUAAACAUAUUCAUUCCUCUUGCUCUUCAAGCUUUAAUUACUUGUGGGAAGACUCCUCCCCCUGGUUUUGUAUGCCCUCCUCUCUAAGUGUACGUUUUUGUUAACAUGGGGUUAACAUUUCUAGCCAGGUUAAUUAGAAUAUGGUGUUAGUUUCUUGAUGUAUUAAUUCGUGUUACUUGAAUUGGUAUAUCUUUUCUUGUGUUAAUGACAAGUUAAUUACAUUCAA